AAAACACCGACGUGCAGCGCGCGGGUUUGCGACGGAUGAAGAGUGUGUGCGUGUGUGUCACUGUACUGCUGUGUUUAUCUGAGUAGUUUAUUUGCACAUGAGAUCGAGUUUAAUUAUCGCAACAUGUUGAGCGCGACAUCAGACGCAGAGCAGUCCACGCGCUCCGCCACUGUCUCAGCGCUGCUCGCGCGCAGACCUGUGAAGAGAGCCAGAGCUGAGGAGACGGAGACACAGCUACAGGAGUCCUGUGUGAACCUGCUGAUGAGACACCAGAACACGUCACAGCUCCUGCUGGAGAUCACAUCACAUGAGAAAAUAAGAAGCAUCAGCUGUGACGGAUAUGAAGGGCUGGAGCACAACACGGCUGUUCAGACGUCUGUUCUGGAGAGUGAGCUGCGGAGGCGAUCGGAGCAGACGGGGGUUCCGGUCGGGCUGCUGUCAGCCAGAGUUUUGCUGGAAAACAUCGAGGAUCUGAUCACACAGACGGACACAAACACAGAACAAGUGUUACUGGACGCUAAACAGAGAACCGGCGUGUGCGCGUUACUGAAGUCGGCUCAAGCGCUGGUGUCUGCUGGAGUGUUGGGACCGGAGCUCCUCUGGCAGGAAUACUGGAAGCUCCAGGUGUGUCCCGUGCUGGAGGUGAUUUAUCAUCUACACACUCACAACAUCCUCACGCUGGACUUCAUGCUGGAAAGAGAUGCAGCCGUGAGCGCGUGGAUCACCCGUCAGCUCGAAGCUUUAUGUGCGUGCGUGAAAACGGCGGCGGACGACCGGCAGAUACGACGCCAGAUUCUCUCCACUGUGGUGUGUGUUCUGGUGCGGAGGGCGUUUGAAGACUCGGGUCAUAAACUCUCUCAGACGUGCUGUGUGAUUCUGGACUCCAUGAUCUCAUGGCUGCUGGACUCUCUGAGUGAUACAGGCACAGAGACGUCGGCCGCUGACUUCUGGGUUCAGGUGUUUGACGUGUCGCUGUUUGACGGUGACCGUGUUCCUGAAGACACGUUGCGGCGCUUCUUCACACACUCGCUCAUGCGCGUUCUUACGUACAGACCCGUUUACAAAGUGUCAGAUGUCAUCGCUAUACAGAGUGAAUGGAGCUUUGCUAAAACCCCUACGUUAUUGACGGCUCUUUUCUGUAAGAUGUGUCUUGUGUUCAGUGUGGAGUGUGUGUUGGACCAGCUCCUGCAGGUUUUAGAGACGCACGAGGUGAACUGGCGUCACAUUCUGUCGUGUCUGUGUCAUCUGCUGAUCUAUCACUCUCAGACUCAGAGCUGCCUCACAGAUCUGCUGUCCGGACUGCUGAGAUCAGCGUUCGACGGUUACGACGUGGAGAAGAUGAUCACGUUGUUCCUGUUGGCCCGUCAGGCGUCUCUCGAGGGUCCCGCCGUCUUCCCCUCAUACAGUGAUUGGUUUAAAUUGUCGUUUGGUGGCUCCAGCAGCUAUCAUGCUAAAAGCAAGAAGUCCACAGUGUUUCUCCUGAAGUUCCUGUCAGAUCUCGUUCCUUAUGAACCACCGCAGUAUCUGAAGGUUCAUGUUAUGCAUCCGCCGUUCAUCGGAGGAAAGUAUCGUUCUCUGCUGCAAGAGUACGUCACCCUCGCCAAGACCAGACUGAGAGAUCUCAAGGUGUCGCUGGAAGAGACGGGGAUCUUUGAGGUGGUGAACGGGUCGGCCGGCGCGGUUGAAUGUCCGGCGCAGCAGGAUGUAGAGAAGGCCAUAACACUGUUCAUGACCACCAAUAAGAUCCCAGCAACAGUCAUAGAGGCCAGUAUUUUUCGGAGGCCGUAUUUCCUUUCUCGUUUCCUACCUGCUCUCCUCUCUCCACGUGUGCUUCCUGUGAAGUCAGAUCCCAGAAUGAUGUUCAUUGAGGCCUUAAGAAAGGCAGAUAAGAUUCCCGGCGGCCUGUACACGUCAUACACUGAGUCCUGUCAGAGAGAGACCAACAGACUGAAACAAGGUGUGUGUGAGUCGAGUGAGGACGAUCACCUGCUGGAUCUACAGGAGCAGUUCCUUCAUUUGAGGAGAAUGAUGACUGACGGGGCCUCUGACGGUGAUGUUUGUGCUCAGCUGUCCAGGAUCUCUCUGACUUUGAGGAAUGGGCGUGCUGAUGAAGAGACAGGAAGUGAUGUCAUCACACUGAACCGGGAUUCGCCCGAUUCGGCGCACACUGCUGUCACCGGUCUGAUCUUACAGAACUUCUGUCUGUGUUUGCUGGACGCGUCCAAAGUAAACCCUCCUAACAGGCAGGGCUCGUGGCCGAGUGUGUUUGCGAAGGUCCUGCUGGGUCACAGGUGGCUCCUCUCAGCUGUGAUACACAGACUGUGGGAUCUGCUUCGGUUCCAGGGCAGCGCGCUGAGCGCGGCUCACGUGUUGGGUUUGGCGGCGCUGCAGGUGGAGCUGCAUUACUGCAGACACGCGUGUCCUCCGGUGCGGCUGACGGGCUCCUCUGCGGCCGCUCUCUCCGUGUCCGAGUGUCUGUCUGAGGCUCUGAUCUGCUCCACGCGCUCACACAUGGCCUUCUGCCUCAGGUUCUGUGUGGCCGUUCUCUCGUAUGGACUGUGCAGAGCCAACGCUCAGGAAGAAGAGCUGCACCACUUCAUCCCAGAAAGACUUUACAAAAAGGCUCAGUAUGUGACGGCCAGACUCAUCGCGGAGACUCGAGCGCACGCGAGCGACGAGGACGAGUCUGAUCCGCGCGGCGACGGCACGGAUCUCACGGGAACGCUCCAGGACUCCGCUGUGGCUCUGUGGAGAAACGCACAGAUGCGAUCGCUGAGGAAUCGGCCGCGCUAUCAGCUCUCUUUCUCCGAGUGGCUCUCAUCUGAGCUCCACGUUCAACGGAGUCAAGACGCACUGACGGAUGCGGAGAGGCAGGAGUACGAGCAGUGGGCGUGUGAGCAGUAUUAUCUGCCCAUGUCUCAGCGUGACGGAGGUUGUGAAGGAGAUGUCAGUCGAACGUGCGCUCUCAUCGUCGCUGCCGUUCUGGACCGGCACGCCGCGUCACGGACAGGAGGAAGUUCCCUCGAACACACAGAUGGCUGUCUGCCUGACCUGCUGUCUGUCUUACAGGCGUUGCUCUAUGAAGUGGCGCUGACUCGGCAAAACGCGUCAGAGGAGACGGGUCGCUUCCUCUGGGAUGUGAUCGACGACAGGUGCGCGGCGACCCCCGACCCCGACGGCAUCGGAGCCGAGCUGAACUGUCAGCAGACGCUUCGCGACGUCAGCCGGGUUCUGGUGCUGCUUCCUCCCGUCAUGCUGCUGAGCGUCACGACCGACAGGACAGGAAGAAGAACUCCGGACUGCCGUCGGAUGAUCCGACACAUCGGUCACGUUCAGAGGACGUGCGGUCCUGCCGGUCUGCUGUCUUUCAAACUCACCGCUCACUUCCUCAAAGCGGUCGUGAGCGGCGGCGCGAGCUGCGAUCGUCCGGAGGACGCGGUGAACGCGUGUGUGUCCCUCUUCAACACCGAGUGUCCUCUGCUGACGCUGUCUGCCGCGCGCUGGUGGACGCGUCUGUCGGCGGUGUUGAUCUCGCAGUGGAGGCGUCUGACGGGACGGGACGCUCUGCCUGAUCAGCUGCAGAUGCUGGAGGACGGUCACCGCUGGAGCGCACGGGCGAGCGAGGGACGUGUGUCGCCCGUGCCGUCGGCUCCGUCGUGGCUGUUGGCCGCGUGUCUGCGCCCUGUCCUGAGGACAUCAGACGGUGAGACGGAGAACGUCAGAAGACUCGUCAGACAGCUGCACGACACAGACAGACAGGUUCUGCUCUUCUUGUUUGUCUUCAGCGUCAUGGAGCUGAUCUGCGCUCGUCUGAAUGAACAGGCCGCGGGGUGUUUGCGGCGCGUCAGAGACGUGAGCGUGUGUCUCCUCUCUCAUCUGCUGGAUGAUUGUGAUUGGCUGCUGCUGUUUGAUCGGUCUGGAUCAGAUCACAGACUGACUCACUUCCUGUCUCGUGUGGCGUCUCCGCAGACGCUCAGGCUGAUGCCGUUUGCCUUUUACAGCAUCCUCGGCGGUGCGGAGUCAGAGGUUCUGACGGGAGCCGUCCGGUCUCCGGGGUUCCUCUACAGCGCGGCCGUGUCGUACGGGGAGCUCAGCAGACUCUUCCUGAACGCUCAUCCCUCGGACGGUCCAGAGCAGCAGGUUCUGCUGGAGGCCCGGCGCGUUCUCAUGAGCGGCAUCGCACUGAGCUCACCGGACUGUCUGACGCUCAGCCAGAGACGACAGUUGCAGUCCGAAUACGAGCAGCUGGAUUCAGAGAUCGCGGCGGCGCUCGGCGGCUUCGGCGGCACGCGCUUCACGUGAGACGGCGGAAAACGCCAUCGGAGCCUCUCGCACGGGUCACACGAUCAGUAACGUGUUUGACGCCGGCCG